UAUUUCCUUCCCCUUAGAGUCAGAGAGCUGAGUUGGAUGAUGAGGUAGUUUUUGAAGUUUUGUUUAGCACUGAAAGGUAAUAAAAGUUGCUUAUUUUUGCUCGGCAAGUUACAAACAUACACUGCAAGUUGAAGGGAUACAUAGUUGGGGAAUAUCAAAUUUACAGGAAAAUCUACAGCUUUGACUCAAAUGGAUUCCACAAUCAGACACUGCAAUUUGAAGGGAUAUAUAGUUGGGGAAUAUCAAAUCUACAGGAAAAUCUACAGCUUUGGCUCAAAUGGAUUCCACAAUAAGAGAGAAAUUGGAGGAGCAGCUGGGCGAGUACAUCUUAGACACUCUCAAAUACACUGAAACUGUCAAGCAGUUUUGUGACGGAAAAUCUAAAUGGACCUCACAGAGAAAGACUGAGCUCGAUAAAAUGACAGGCAUCAAGGCCAAGGCUGAGGACAAGAACCAGACUUGGGGACAGUACAUAUGGAAAAGCCUGACAAAUGUUUCCAGUAGGCCAGAGCUGGAGAAGGAGCUAGAAGAAGUUCUUAACAACACUUUAGAAGGCCUGGAGGAACUCCAACACGUCCUGGAUGCAGUGGAGAAGCUAGCCGUCACCUCACUGGAUGUCUUCAUGGAUGACAGUUUCAGUUCCAUGUCCGUACGUUCAGUGAUCUUUGCAGCCAUAACUGUGUCUCCACUCCUCGUCCACUUCAAGAGAGAUGCAAGAGCGUUCUUCCUGCCGAGUCUCAGCAAUGUAGAAGUCCUGGUCUUCCAGCUGGACAAAUACAUCCGCAUCACUCAGCAGAUCAUUGAGAAGAUGGAGGAAGGCAGAUCCAGGAGUGUAUCUGGUUCUGGGGGUGUUCAUGAAUGGAAAAAUAGGAAAUCUUCACGAAACUUGAUUUUGAACGUGAGUGAGGAGUCUGCGCAGGAUCUGUAUGACCAUUUACUCCAGCUAACCAAAAUCAGGAAGGAUGAGUCAUUCAGGAUGAAUUUCCUAUUCGAUGUAAAGGCACAGGACUUCAUCUUUAUAUUCAGAGAGCGCUACUCUAGAAUGCUUGAGUUCCUGUCUGAUUUAGAGAAGGCUGCAGUUGAGCUGGACAAGAUGAAGAAGGGCUCCAACAUUUCCACUGUGGCUGGAAGUUCAGUCGGUAUUGCAGGAGGUGUUUUGUCCAUCGUAGGUUUAGCUCUCGCUCCAGUCACUGCAGGCGCAUCUUUGGCCCUCACGCUAACAGGUGUUGGUCUUGGAGUCACCAGCGGCGUUAAUGGCAUUGUUACAGGCAUCACUGAAAUUGCAGUGAACAGUCAUCAAGGGAAAAAAGCCAAUGACAUCUUCUUGAGAUUUAUGGAAGAUGUGCAGAAGAUCCUAGAGUGUGUGGAAGACGUAGCCAGCAGGGAGGUUACUGAAGCUAGGACACUGGCCGCUAGUGCUGGUUCAGUAGCCCAGUGUUUUGAUGAUAUUGUGGUUGCAGCUUCAACUGUAAACGCUGUCAGAGCUGAGGAUGUGGUUACAACAACAGCUGAUUUGUCGAUUCAGAAUGCUAAAGCAGUUCGGAACAUCCCCCAGCUUGUUGCAGAUCUUCCUGACAUUGGGCAGAUGGCUAAAGGAACUUCUCUGGCCCUUUCAAAGUCAGCCAGGGCAGGGUUCAUUGCCUUAAAUGCCCUCUUUAUUGGUGUAGAUGUUUUUUUCAUCUGUAAAGACAGUAUGAGUCUGACCAAAGGGAGCAAAAAUGAAGUGGCUCAGAUCAUUCGCUCCAGAUCAGCUCUGUGGCGCUCAGAGGUUGAGGCGUGGGAGAAGAUCUAUAACCGUCUGUUUGAAGGAAUCGCAGGGUCUUACAAGAAUAAAGAAAUUUUAGAACAGCCUCUCUACUCUAAAAUAAUGAAUUACAUAAAAAUGCUGACCUGGCAGUGAGCAUGAUUAUAUUCUUUAAGCGAUUAUUUUAUCCUAUGAUCUUAAAUAUUCUGUUUAAAAUGCUGAAGUUGUUAAUGGUGAUCAAUUAGUCUGCAGUCAUUCACAUACUGUAGGCUACUGCAGUUGAUUUCUAUGUUUAUCUCUAGAACCCGGUCUGUAGAACCCGGUGGGUAUCUGUUUAUAAUGGAGGACUCUUUUACGCUAAUCUUUUCCAUGGUGCUUCGGCUCACUUUAUAGCCUCUGCAGUGCUUUCAGCGAGCUUUUCGUUAACACCAAAGAAAAUAGAAUCCGGAAUCCUGAUUGAAGAUUCAUUUUCUGUAAAAAUUAAAUGAAUUAUUUUCCUUGCUACAUGUGCUUCACUGUAUUGGAUCUGAAUUAUUUUCUGCUUCAUUUUUAAAAUUUUUGAUUCAUGAAAAAUUGCUUCUUUUUUUAUUUAUUAUUUUUUCUUUUUUUUUUUUUACAAUCAUGUUAUUAUCAUAUUCAGCUUUCAUUUUGGUAAUGAGUAACUCAUGAGUAAUAAGUGCAUAUCAAAAUAAAAUCAAAUGAAUAAACGUGAUCAGAGUCACAAAUCAUUAAUAUACUGUUAGUAAAUGUGUUGAAAUUCAAUAAAUGAUGCAUUAAAGUUUCUAUGAUGUGUGCUUUAUAAAGAAAAUGUUUUUCUCCAGUUUAUUUAGUUGAUAUGAGAGAUAACUACAGUCUCUUUAGAAUAGCGCUUACUGAAACACGUUUAUUAAUAAUUAUUUAUAAUUCUCCAAUUCCCCCAUCAGUAUAAAUUACUAUACAUGCAUCAGUAAUUAGUUUAUUUUUUAAAUAAAAUGUUCACACUAGAACGUCCUUCUCCUCCUCUUUCUCUGUUAUCCA